AAAUCUAAUUUUCAAAUUAAAACAAGUCAACUUGCAAAAAGCAUCUGUUUUCCUUUGUGCAGUUCUUCAGGAAAGAACAACAACAACAUCAUCAUCAUCAAAGAGAAAAACAGAAAUUUCCCAUUCUUUUCUUUCUUUCUUUCUCUCCUUAAGCGAUUUCCUCAAAUUCCAUCUCUGUUCUUCAAAAAAAAAAAUGAAACCCAAUCAAUCAAAACCCCUCAUUAUAUCCAAAUACUUUGUUUUAUCCCUCUUUUUCUCCCUCCCUUUCCUCCUCCUCCUCUCUCUCCGCCCUUACUACCAUCGCUUCUCCUCCCCUCCCACCGACAUUCCCACCCCCGAUUUAAAGAUCCGACCCGGCUACACUUCCUACGAACAUUACAUCAAGAAGCAACUCAACAAAACCCUAGACCCCAAGCUCCGCAAGAUAUGGACCACCCGAGAUUGGGAUCGCAAAAUCCAAGUCUUCUCCAGAUUCUUCGACGGUUUAAAACGGGAAGGCCUAAUCUCCACCGAAUCCAAAGCCCUCUGUAUCGGAGCUCGGGUUGGGCAAGAAGUGGAGGCGUUGAAGAAGAUUGGAGUCUCGGAUUCCAUCGGAAUGGAUCUGGUUCCUUACCCGCCGUUGGUGGUUGAAGGUGAUUUUCAUAACCAGCCGUUUGGGAACAAUAGUUUUGAUUUCGAAUUCUCUAAUGUCUUCGAUCACGCGCUGUACCCGGAACGGUUCGUGGCGGAGAUCGAAAGGACGUUGAAGCCCGGCGGGAUCUGUGUGUUACACGUGGCGUUAUCUCGUCAGACGGAUAAAUACUCCGCCAAUGAUCUUUACAGCGUGAAGCCGUUGGAGGCUCUGUUUCGGAGUUCGACGGUGGUUCGCGUUGGGAAGAUCGACGGCUUCGGACUGGACACGGAGAUUGUUUUCAGAAAAACGGCAAACAUCAUCCAACGGUCUUGAUUCAUUCAUUAUUUCUUUUGUAUUUACUGAAAAAAAUAGUUUUGAAUUUUUUUAAAGAUAAAAUACCAUUUCGUUUCCACAUUCAAUUAUCCUAUUUUACUCUUACUCUUCAUAAAUCUGAUCCCUCCAUAAUUUAAAAAAAAAAAAAAAAAACAAUUUUGAACCAUUAAAAAUAUUUGGAUUAUUUUUCGUAUAAUUAGUCAACAAAAUGAAUAAUGAAAAGAAAUAAAAUAAAAAAAGAGGGGGAAGACAGCUGGAUUGAAAGAAACUUGUUUAGGGACAUUAUUACUUAUUUGGUUAAAUGAGAAUUAAUUAUUGGUUUUGGUAAUUUUUGAUUGGACCGCUUGCCUGACGUGGCGUCGGUCCCUUGGAGUUAUUCCCUUUCCUACGCAUUCUUUUUGUUUCUUUCCUUUCUUUUUGGUUUGUGUUUAUUUCUGUUUUUGGACGCUGUUUUAGUUUGCAUUUAAUUGGUUUUUGUUACGAAAUUAAUAAGUUUAUUAUAAUGUUGUCAAGAUUAAUGCCAUCUUACUUGUACUUAUCAUAAUAUAUUAUUAAGGAAAUUUUUAUUUUUUCA